CGGCUCUUGCCUCAGUAGGCUCGCGACCGCCGCUAGAGAUGGACGGGUCCGCGCGCGCGUUCGUUUUCGCACUCGCGGCGUUCGCGCUCGUGGUCGCGCGCGCCCACAUGACGCCUCCUUCCCAUGACAACAUACUACGGAUACAGCUAUGGGACGCUGAAGGGCUCAGCCGGGAAGCGGUUACUGUGGAAAAUCCUACGACCGUUAAACGUCAAAAAUUAAAAGUUAACUUGGACACUUUGUACGACGCGAUGAUGGGAGAUGAGUAUCACGGCACUGAAAGGUUUGCGAGGCACAAAGUGAGACAUAAGAGACGGAGACCCAGGCAAAGCGGGACUGAUCUGCCAUGGAGGUUCCACUCGGGCUCUGGACUAACGAACGUGGAGGUGUUUAAUUAUGAUGUGCCCUGGGACGUGAUAGAGGAUAAAUAUUCUGGAAGCGUGAUUGCAAGUGCUGUGAGUGAUUCGAGUGCCCCAGUGAAUGUGGAGAGGGAUGUGUCACCGCCGAUGACGUUGCGCCAAGACGAGGAGGACGAGGAAGUCAAGAAACAAUUGCCGGUGGUACCAAAAUGCUGUGCGAGCGGCCAAAAUCUCUCAAUAUCUUUUGAUGAAGAUGGAAAGUUGAAAUCCGUUUGUUCUCGAUCCACGCUCACCUUUCAACCGAUUUUCCAUAAAGCAAACGAAACACACAUUUGGAGCUAUGAUAGCAACGUAUUUGAGACGAUCGUUGGAAACCCCUGUACUUACGAUAGAUAUAAACUAGAACCUGAAAAAUUCAGCAAAGAUGAAUUUUAUCUUCUGUUCAAUGGUUCUCUAUUCGUGCCAUUCAGUCAACCACCUCUUCUCGGUAACAGAGAUUUUUGUAUGGAAACAUUCUGGAACGAAUCUUACCCAGCAGGAAUUACUCUUCCUUUAGUGUGUUUUACUACACCUAUAGAAGAAGCGCACACUUCUGCUACUCUUAUUGCAUAUGCUGUGGGUCUAAUAAUAUCAGUACCAUUUCUAAUAGUAACGGCAUGCGUUUAUAUAUUCAUAACUGAAUUGAGGGAUACCCACGGGAAAGCAUUAGCUUGCCACUCUAUUUGUCUUGCGAUAGCAUUUAGUUGCUUAGCUGCUACACAGCUAGCUGGUCACGCAUUUCCAGCGACGGCUUGUAAUAUAAUGGCGUAUCUGAUCCAGUUUUCGUUUGUAUCUUGCUUCUUUUGGCUGAAUGUUAUGUGUUUUGACACUUACUUAAAUGUACGGCGCUACAUACAUGCAUCAGUAACCAGAAGAAGUAUGAGGCGUAGGUUUGCUUGGUACUGUGCGUACGCUAUAUUAUUCCCUGUAAUUUUACUGAUUGUAACGAUUACAAUGGACUUAUCGCCAGCCGUACCGAGCACCUAUUUGAAACCUAAUUUUGGUGUAAAAGGCUGCUGGUUUAAGACGGAUCAAGCGGCGUUGCCCUAUUUCUACGGACCUGUGGCGGUCAUUCUCUUUAGCAAUCUCAUCAUAUUUUUGUUUACAUCACGAGCUUUUGCUAAACAUUAUGACAAACUCAAGGAUGUCACGCCGUUAGAUGUAGCGCAUUCAGACUUCAGCACAACAGAUGACUGGGUGAGACUUGGAACUGUAUUGGGCCAACCUGUGGCAGUACAAGAGAGAUCAACUCCACCACCACGCGAGACACAGGUCAACUUCAAUCAAAGACUAAAGAAAUAUAAGAAAAUAUUCCGCACGUGCUGUCUUCUAUCGGUGAUCAUGGGCCUAUCCUGGGUGUUGGAAGUGGUGUCCUGGGCAGCGGGAGCAGGCACUGCAGCUGUGUCUGUAUGGUCUAUCUUCGAUCUAAUUAACGCAUUGCAGGGAGUCGUCAUAUUCGUCAUCUUCGUCCUGCAACAACCCGUCCGUUCUUUUGUUAAGUUCUCAAAAUUAUGUGAAACCUGUAGAAGAAAAAAAGACGGUUCAGAGGUAUCAGUAGUAAGUGACAGAAAUAGUAUCGACUGCGGGUCGGGCCGGAGGGAUUACGUUUAGUGUGUGAUUACAAUGAACUAUGGAAAUGGACCAUUUGUAUGGAAUAAAUCAAUGUGAGCGACACCGAGACUGAUACCAGUAGCAGUAUUAUCCAUUGGUUGGAUUUUAGGGUACGUCAUCAAAUGCAGUUUUGGUGUAUGGAAAUUUUGGGACCCAUUUCUUUCAUUUUAUUUAAUAAUGCGAUUGUAUGUGUUACUUCAUGAUUUUCGGGUACCAUUUGUGUGUAUUUGUGAUUGUGUAUUAUAUGCGUUCAUUUUAACUAUCAUUCGUGUUCCUUGCGGUCAUUAAAGUAUGUAUUUUAAUGCAAAAUCAUCAAACAGUUAUAAUUUACUAUGACUAUUCGCUAUUCGCUUACAAUUCACAAUCUGCAUUUGAUUUUAAGUCGAAAUAAAGUCUUAAAUACUAGAAAAACACAUAAUAAUUCAACUAAAUCAAAAUGUUAUUCCUGUGAUACGCCUUAAAUUGUUUAUUUGCAUAUUCACCGUAUUCUCACGAUUACUUAUACUGUUUUCGCAAAGUUCCUCAAGAAAUGGCCCAGAAGGAGUAAAGUUUGUGAUAAAGCGCAUUGUUCCUCUGAAUAGUAAUAUGUUUAUGAAACAAUGCGUGCCAGUUAAAUGGACCAAGAGAAUAAUUUGUAUUUGUUUCCAGACCAGGUAAGAAAAUAACAAUGAAAAUGGAAAUUCCGUUUUAUAAUAAUUUUUCCUCUUAUUUAAUCCUUUUGAAAAAAUCGCUUUUCUCUUUUAAAUUCGUUUUAUAAUAUAACAAGUUAAGUACAAUGCAUUCUUUGUUUGAUAUUCGAUAGCCUCUCUCUUAGUGUUUCGUACUCAAUUUAAAGGCUUUUUCAUAUGCUACAUAUAUAUACCAUAUACCGUUUUGAUUACCUGAGGCUAUUUCUGCUGGCUUUCGUGAGGCCUUCUUAAUAAUUAAACUGUCAUAGAAUAUAUUCGUGAAAUAUUAAAGUUAUUUUCUUAGAUGAUAAUAGUUUACUUAUAUAUCUUAUACAUUAUUGUACGUCUUCACUAUAACACUAAUAAUGUACUUUUGUUCCUAUAUCUGUUACUAAUUCAACAUAUUAUGCACAAUUAAAUAAAUUGCUUCGUGAAAUAAGUAGCUGAAUGUGUUUCGUUGAAGUUACCGAUCGUUGCGUUAGGCCAUAUCUACACUUGGGCGUAACUUCACUAUAUAUAGUAAUACAAUAAUAUUAUGGAAAUUUAUCUAAGUACCGACAUUUCGAUAGGUGAAGAUAUGAAUAAAUUACAAUAUUAAUUCGACUGUUCAUUAAUUAAUUAAUUCACAAGCAAAAUAGUUAAUAUUUUCAUCAAAAUCCUGACUAUUAAAACAUAUGUAGAUCGAAUAAGUUACGCCUUAGUGGUCAGUGGACCUCAAAGCUUGUUGUAACUAAUUGUUAAUAAUAGUUGUAAGGAAAUAAAUAUUUUUAUAAAAUAGGAACCCGUGACCAAGAUGUUAAUGGUUCUAGUGUUUAAGAGCAAAUGGAGUCCCUUUUGUUUAGAUAUAGGACUUUAUAAGACAACUUUAGUGCCAUAAAUGUAGGUUAUACUAGAAAAUGUAUGGUGCGAUUAAUUUCCUUUGUGAGAGCUAGUCAUAAUAUGUAAUUAACGAACGCCGUAAGAUAUAUAUAGACGUAAAAGUUUUUAAUUUAUUUUUAUUAUUAAAUUAUAAUAUAAUUAGUAUUUAUCUAGGUUUAAAUAAACUGAAUUUGUGUUAUGUUUAAUAAUAAUAGCUAGUUUAAUUUUUUUGUUAGCUUUGAUAACGAAUGUGGUUUUGGUAACUGAUUUUAGUUGAUUUUUGCUUAUCCAUAUUUAAUAUACGUAAUAUAUUCAGAUUAUUAUUUUGUAUAUUUAUGCAUUAAUAAAUCUAUUGUACGUAUUAAUAUAACAUAUUAUUUUAUAUUGUAUUAUUCUUCUAUAUUAAGUAUUA